UCGUUGGUAUCGCCGCAGCUCGCCGAAUAUUAAUCUUUUUUCUUUUGCACAAGCAAUCCCUCCCCCCUUCUUAUUUUCCGUCGCUCGUCCCCCUCCUCACCUUCUCCCCGCGCGCUCGACGGCCAUGCAGACCCUCCGCCUCCCCUCCAUGGACGGCCUCCGCCUCUCCCCUUAUCGACCGCCGGCCGCCGCCCCCUCCCGGCGCGGUCCUCCCUCGAUCCGACCGGCGGCCGCUGUCCGCGCCUCCGUCGCGGGGGCGCCCCGGAGGGAGACGGAUCCGAAGAAGCGGGUUGUGAUAACGGGGAUGGGGCUGGUGUCGGUGUUUGGGAACGACGUGGAUGCGUAUUAUGAGAAGCUGCUUGAAGGGGAGAGCGGGAUCGGGCCGAUCGACCGGUUCGACGCCUCCAAGUUCCCGACGAGGUUCGCCGGCCAGAUCAGGGGUUUCUCCUCGGAGGGAUUCAUCGAUGGAAAGAACGACCGGCGGCUGGACGACUGCCUCAGGUACUGCCUCGUCAGUGGCAAGAAGGCACUGGAGAGCACCGGACUUGGCGUUGGAGCAAGGCCCUCAGAUCAGAUUGACAAGGUGCGAGCUGGUGUACUUGUGGGGACGGGCAUGGGUGGCCUCACAGUGUUUUCUGACGGUGUCCAGGCUCUCAUAGAAAAAGGCCACAGGAAAAUAACUCCAUUUUUUAUUCCUUAUGCCAUAACAAACAUGGGCUCUGCCUUGCUGGCAAUGGAUAUUGGCUUCAUGGGUGCAAAUUAUUCCAUUUCAACUGCCUGUGCUACUUCAAAUUAUUGUUUCUAUGCUGCUGCCAACCAUAUUCGUCGUGGUGAGGCUGAUGUAAUGAUUGCUGGUGGUACUGAAGCUGCAAUUAUUCCUAUCGGGGUUGGUGGUUUUGUGGCAUGUAGAGCAUUGUCACAGAGAAACGAUGAUCCCAAAACUGCAUCAAGGCCAUGGGACAAAGAUCGGGAUGGCUUUGUUAUGGGAGAAGGUGCUGGAGUGUUGGUUAUGGAGAGUCUGGAACAUGCAAUGAAACGUGAUGCACCUAUUAUUGCUGAGUACUUGGGAGGUGCUGUCAACUGCGAUGCUUAUCAUAUGACGGAUCCUAGAGCUGAUGGGCUUGGUGUUUCAUCUUGUAUUCGAAAAAGCCUUGAAGAUGCUGGAGUUGCACCAGAAGAGGUUAACUAUAUAAAUGCCCAUGCAACAUCCACACUUGCUGGUGACCUAGCUGAGGUGAAUGCUAUUAAACAGGUCUUCAAGAACCCAUCAGAAAUCAAGAUGAACGCAACCAAGUCUAUAAUAGGGCACUGCCUUGGUGCAUCAGGAGGUUUAGAAGCCAUCGCAACGGUAAAAGCCAUAACUACUGGGUGGCUGCAUCCAUCCAUAAACCAAUUUAAUCCAGAGCCUGCAGUUGAAAUUGAUACAGUGGCAAACAAAAAGAAGCAGCAUGAAGUGAAUGUUGCCAUUUCUAAUUCAUUUGGAUUUGGAGGACACAACUCGGUGGUGGUGUUCGCACCUUUUAAGCCAUGAUCCAUCAUAGUUUGCUUUUUCCAUUUGGUGGUGUUACUUGCUUUUUGCAUCAUAGCUAGAGAAAUCUUCCAUAUUUAGGGAGGAAAGAGAUUAGUUGUGGCCAGCAGGCAUUUUUCUUUCUAGUGAAGUAAGUUUUGACAACAAUAGCUUUCAUUAUUGUGGGAAGGAGUACCACGAGGUGGUUUAGGCUUUUUGGUCACUUUAGGAAGAAGAGCAGUCUUCCUUGUGGCCCCCCUGCGAUUGCAUUCUGAGAAUAUUUUAUGUUUAACAUUUCAUGCAUUAUCGAUUAAACAUUGCUUGGUUUUUCCACCCCC